ACUCAAAAUAUCAGCUUGCAUUAGUUCCCAAGCAAAGCUCCUCUCUCUCGCUCUCUCUCUCUCACUCAGCUCUCUCACUUUUAAAUACCUUUUAUACUGAAUCGUCUUUAGACAGAGAAACACAGCGAAGAAUGGCUUCGUUCGACGCGUUCAGCAUUGACGGCGACGAUCUCAACGCUUCCAACAGUCAUUUUGACCAAGACGACGUCGUCGUCGAAAACUACACCGACUACGCCGAGUACUCCAGCUUCUCCGGCGGAGCUCCGACUGACGCCGAAGUAACCGCUGACCACGCCGCGGCCGGUGCCUCAACGGAUGUUUUCGGAUUCGACGAUCCGAGCUCCAACUACUCCCACUCGACCCCGUUCGAUUCGGUUCCCGUUGAGAACGGUAAUGGAAAUGGAUAUGGUGUGGGCGAGCACGCAAUCGACGAUGACGUUUUCACAUCGGACGGUCCCGUGCUACCUCCACCAAGCGAGAUGGUGCCUGAGGAAGGUUUUGCUCUUCGUGAAUGGCGGCGUCUAAAUGCCCUCCAGCUUGAGGAGAAGGAGAAGAGGGAGAAAGAACUGAGGAACCAGAUUAUUGAAGAAGCUGAGGAGUACAAACGUGCAUUCUAUGAGAAAAGGAAGCUUAAUGUUGAGACCAACAAGGUUGAGAACAGAGAAAAGGAGAAGUUAUUCUUGGCUAAUCAAGAGAAUUUCCAUAAAAACGCUGACAAGCAAAGUUGGAAAGCAAUAGCAGAGCUCAUUCCUCAUGAGGUUCCCAACAUUGAGAAGAAGAGAGGCAAGAAGGAUCAGGACAAGAAACCAUCGAUCACAGUCGUUCAGGGCCCGAAGCCUGGAAAACCCACUGAUCUUUCAAGGCUGCGGCAAAUACUUUUGAAGCUGAAGCAUAAAACUCCACCUCAUAUGAUUCCACCCCCACCUGCUCCUGCUAAAGAUGCCAAAGGUGCCAAAGAUGGAAAGGCUCCAGCUAAAGAUCCCAAAGAUGGGAAGGAUGCCAAAAAUGCCCAGAAUGUAAAGGAUGCAGCAUCUAAAACUAAUGGGUCCUCAGAAGCCGAGGUGCCUGCUUCACAAGCCAAGGAUGCCACCUCUAACGGUUCUUCGGAUGUACCUGAACAAAGCACUCCUGCUUCUAUCGAGGACCUCUCUGCUUAACUCAAACCCUUCCAUAUUUUAUUCAUCAAUUUUAUUAUUUUGAGAUUCAAAUUGAUCAUCGGCUGCCGUAUCACUGGCUUCUGUUGCUACUGAUUAUCGGAAUAUUGUAAUAUUUGGUCUCCAUUAGCCCUAGCUUUCAGUGUGGAGGUCUUCAUAUAUUUUGAUGUUGGGUGUGUUGUGUUUGGGAUUUGAGACUCAUUGUUUACACACAUUUUAUGAAUAUUACUUUUCCUUUUAUCAGCAA